AUGAAACACAAAAUAAGCGGGCUUGGAGCUUGGGAAGACUUAAAAAUUCCUGCCAUCAGCGGUCUCUGCAGCACAACUCAAAGCUUUGGCCUUGUCUGGCACCACUCUGACGUAGUGUAAUAAAAACUCAGCAUCCUCGACUUCAAGCAUAUGCGAAGCAUGCGUGCCCUCAGCACAGGAAAUAAUGGCGUUGACUUUGCCCACAUCUCAGGCUUUGCCUGCUUUCUAGUCUGCCAGGACAAGUUUCCUUCAUCAAUUACCAUUUUUGACAUAGCCUCCACCCAAACCAAAAAAGUUAUUCUCCCUGGAAAGCUGAGAUGCACCUAUGUAGAACACAUUGAGGUAAAUUUUAUAUAGGAUUUUGACUUUAUAGUAGGGACUGACCAAGGGACAAUCCUUAUUUAUUUAGAUGGGAGUUUUGCGCAAUGCAAAGAAUUGACUGAGACUGAAAAAACAAGCGUCACUUGUAUUGUAAAUGAUAAUUAGAAAUAUGAUAUCAAUAGUUUAGGAAGACUUGCAGCUGUAGGACUGGGGACUGGAGAUAUUGUUGUGGUUGAGCUUGAUGAACUAUCUGAGUUCCGACUGCCUGAUUUUACACAAAAAGGUGGCAAAGUGACUGGAAUUGACUUUAUUGCGAGCGCCACAGGAGUCCUCCUAGCAGUUUUCAGAGAAGAGCCUUCUUCUUUUACAGUCACACAGAUUGCAGAAGAAAAUAAAAUCACUGAAAUUGCAAGAAUUGACUACCCAAGAUUUACCAGCCUCCUACAAAUGAGCGUUUUUGAAAAUUCUAUGCUUUUUCUUGCAGCUUUAUCAGGGACUGAGCUUGAAGUUUCUAUUUACCAUCCUGUAGUAAACCAAACUGAAUUAAUUAUUUUAGACCAAAAAGAGUUUACUCUAGAUGAACUGAAUUCUGUAGUAAAUAUAACAAUCCCCGAAACUUCUAUUUUUAAGAAUAAAAUUGAAUUCGGGUGUGAUCUCUGGAUUUUAGGACGGGGAGGCUCAGAACUUCAAGUAUUUCCUAUUACAUCGUCAGAGUCUGAAAAAAUAACACAGAAUUUGGUGACUUCUUGUAUGGACCAUACCAUAUGGCAAAAACCUGAGACGCUUGAAAGGAUACUUGUGGAGUAUGAAAAGGCAGGGAUAAAAAGCCCGGCUUAUUAUCAAGAUAUGAUGAACCCAGCAAUUAUAUCAGUUUUAGUUAAAGAAAAAAAAAGUAAUGUGGUCAGUGAAUUUAUGGGCUCCAUGUCAAAUGACUGCGGAAAUUUGAUAGUGCGACAUCUCAUAGGGGAAACUUUGUUCGAAUCAUUUUUGAUAGUGAGACAUUUGACCAAAAAAACCGUCAAAUUUCGGCCAAAUGAAUAAACUAUUUUAAAAAUUUUUGACCAAAAGUACUUCGGUGAAAUGGACACUAUCAAAAAGGCAAACUCAUUUGACCUGUACCCAAUUUAUGCUGAGAAAAUUCCAAGACAGCUAUUUACUCCCUGAAGAAUAUAUAUCAAUAAUAGAGUCCUGGCUGAAAAAAGAUAUGAUUGACGUAGAUGAAGAAGUAAAAACCCUUGUAAUUGAUGAAUAUCUAAUAUUAGAAAAACAAGGAAACGACUAUUAUCGAAUUGUAAAGCACGCAGAAACCAUGCUUAGCCAUUGCUAUCAAAUAAAAGAUAUUGCAGUUGCAAUUGAUAUAAGGAAAAGUGAUAACUCAUAUAUUGAAAAUGUCGUGCAAAAAAUUCAUGUAUUGAAAUUUAUUUGCUGGAUUUUAAGAUCAGAUGCUACACAUUAUUUAAAAUUAGAAGGGUGGAACUGGAAUGAAAGAAGGGCUAAACGAAAAGACUUUUUUGAAAAAGCAAAAUUGCAGUAUUCACAAUCAAAUACAGAAAUCGGGCUGUUUAUUGAUAAUUGGGUGAACAAUAGACCGUUUCCUCCUACAGUUGAGCAGUUAAUAGAUAUUUUAAAUGGGACUGACGAAAGGACUUUCCAAGCAAUUUUUCAGUAUCUCCUAUUAGACCUUUCUGAGUAUGCAAAAUCUGCUUAUCACAGUGACCUCUCUGAAAACAUCGACAGCAAUUUAAAUCUUUUUAAAGCCUCGUUCUUAUUUAGCACUAUAGAAAGCUACAAAAUUUCAGGAUUCUGGCAUCUAGAUAUGCUUUCUGACCCAAGCUGCUUUAAAAUUACAGAAGACCCUGAAAAGCAAUUUUUCUACCACGCAAAAUCGUCGUUAUAGUAAUUUUUAUUCAGUUCUUUAUCAGAAGCAAAAGAUAUAUUGUCUAUAGAGGAAAAGAAAAAAAUAUUAAAAACCUUCUACGAAACAGAAGCAUAUUCAGCUGCUUUACUUUGGGGAAAAACGUGUGGGAUUGAUUUAACUGACCCUGAAGUGGUAGAACUGAUGCUUCUUGUAUUUUUUGAAGGAAAUAUGUGGAUCCAAGCUUUUAAUUUCUUGAAUGGGCUCAGCUCUUCACUUGUCGCUACAAAUCAUGGGAUUGCACUAUUUAUUCACUUAAUGGACUCUAAAAAUAAUUCUCAAUACCUUCCUUUUAUUCCUUUCAAAGGCAAGCUUGAAGAGCUAUUUUUAAGCCAUUUAUGCACGUUGCUGCCUCAUAUAUAUUCUUUUGCUUUGAUAUUUAGAAAGAGAUAUAGUGAACUGUUUAGGAAAGAAGGAAUGGAAGAAAACGAGGGAAUUGAAAAAGUCAUUGGCUGCUUUAAAAAUAUUAUUAAAGGAGUAAAAGUGUAUGAUAACUAUGGAGACGAAAUUCCAGUACAAACAAGCAUAUAUAAAGCGCCAGAAAAAGGGAGAGAAAAUCAAGAAAGUGAUAUGGAAAUUGUGAAUUUAGAAGCCCCACAUCCUGAUGUAAGCAAUGUAUCAAUUGAAGAGUCACUCAGACCUUCAAAGCUAGUAUUUAGUCCAAAUAAUAAAUAA